AUGAGUUUGAAUGUCCCUGACUUCCUUGGCCCGCCGCCAGGUUCCAACCAAAAUCAUAAGUCUAACUCCUCGUCUUCCCAGAAUCCUUACAAGGAAUCUUCACCUGCCAGCAGCGGAUUCCCCAACUACCAGGUACCGUUCGGCUCGCGUGACGGGCUGCGGCCCGAGUUUGACGAUCUCUUGAGGUCCAAACUAUCCACAUUAGAGAAUGACUUGGGCUCGCCCCAGUCCAGGCCUUACACGGGACUGCCGCUCUCAACAGGGAAUACUAAUGGUGGCAAUAUGUCUGGCGGCAACGGCGGUGUGUUCUCGCAGCACAAUGCACCGCCAUAUGGAGGGUUUGGUGCCUACAACCACCAACAGUUCGAUGCGUUCAACCUUCCCACCGAGUUACAGGGUGGAAUCGGCACUAUUUCGUCGCGGCGCCCAUCUUUUGCUGCAGAGUCGUUUACGCGAAGUCAUUCGGCUAAUGUAAACAACGCUGGCAACUCAGGCUCUGGAGUUGGAGGAGGAAUAGGCAGUGGAGUAGGCGUAGGCGGAGCCAACAACUCGUCGCUGUCGAAAGGUUCAUUGGCCACGUUUGCUGCCGCAAACAACUACUCCAUGAAUGCUUCGCGCCAAGGUGUGUUUGGCUAUGACCAAUUGGCCGACCUGUUUCAGAACUUCUCGUUAAAUGCCAACUUGUCUGACUUCCAGGCUCGCCGCCCGCUGCAGUUGGCGGAUCACCCACUGGUACCGCUGCACGCGUACAACACGCUUCCACAGUUCAACCACUACACGUAUCCACAGCAGCUCCAGAACUACUCACAGCCCCAGCUGUUUCUGACUCCGCCUCGAAAUGGUCCACUGGAGUUCUCCAAUCCAGUGAACAACGUCUCGCCGCUUUCUAAGGCCGCUGCAGGUCCUCCUGUGCUACCAUUCAAUAGCCAGAACAUGAGUCUGGGUCAGACUAUGAAGCUCGACAAUGGCCUCUUGUUAAAGGACCAGUACAUUAUGGCCUCGGCUGAUUUGAAAAUCAUGUACUCCUCAGUGCUGCGUUACUUUCAAGACACGAGCGUUAGUAAGGAAAUUAUGGAGAAGUUGCAGCGCUUGCUAGAGAACGAGGUGGUGGUGAAAUUGAUCACCUUCAUAAAGAACUUGAACAAUUUAACCUUCAAUCACAAAAUGCUUUGCUUGGUCAUCAACAAAAACGGAAAGUUGGAUUUGUUGUCUUAUCCCAGUAAUUCUAACAUCUUCCUCCAAGAAGAAGACUUGGUGAUUGUGGACGGGGACCGUGGUAAGGAUUUGGUGAUGAUUCUUGCGCCCUUAGUAUCACUAAACAUGGCGAUAUUGUUCAACUUCUUGAAGAAGAUUGAACAUUUGAAGUCGCUUACCAUCACAGACAAUAGUGGAGGUACAUCCGUCAAGAACAAUCACUGUGGAGGUACACACUCCACAUCUUUGAAGGCGUCUUCCAUCAUCAAUAAUCACUCCAAUGAAGACAAUGAGUUCAUUAUCACUCUUCCAACCAAGCAGGUGUUGCGUUUUGCAACCCCCAAAGAGGUGCUGAAGUUGAGCGGCAAGUUUUUGGAGGAGAAAAAGGCUUUCAUCACUUGUUUCAACAAGAUCAAGGAGCUCGGGUUAAACAAUGACUUGACCUUGAUUAAUGUGGAGUAUCAAUGCGAUUUUAAGAAGUUGAUCUUCUACUAUUUCGCGAACUUCAAGAGAAUUGACUUCAGAGGGUUAAUUAAAGAAUUGUUCAAAAUCUACAAAACACGCAUCUGGCUUUGUGCGGUGUUGCCAUAUGACCGGCCAGACUUGUACACCAGUAAUGGGAUCGAGAGUCCAAAAACCACUGCACGGGGUGAGAUUCCACGCGAGUAUGAUUUGAGCAAUGAGCAAAUUAUGAACUUCUCGGUUGCUGAGUUCGAAAACUUAUCGCUGCCCAGCUAUUUCCACCUGAAGAAUAUGCUCAACUUGAUUGACUACUUGGGAGUUGAGGUGAAAGGAAACUUCUAUGGAUUUAAUGUGGAGAAUGACGGUAAAGCUAGAUCAUUUGAUCCAUUUGGUGAUGAGAAAAGAAAACACUAA